CAACUUUUUAUUGUGCCAUGUGGCAGCACCAGCCCAAGGCUGAGAGGGACUGAAAACGAAAACAACUAUAAAUUUGUUAAUUAAAUUGAUAAUUGAAUCGCACAAAAAUAACAAAACGUUGCCAAAAGAGCACCAACAUGAUUACGCUAAAGGAGCUGAAGAAAUUGAGACUGAUCCAUCUAUGCAUUGCAAUCACGUUCUUCACGAGCGGCUUGACGAUCAAUUUCGCCCAGUUGCUGCUCCACAUCUUCUUGAAGCCGUUCAAUAAACAUCUAUUCCGGAAGUUGAUGUACUACUUGUGCUAUUCCUUUUACUGCCAGCUUGUUUUUGUUGCUGAUUGGUAUGCGGGCUGCAGAAUGCGGGUUUAUAUUGAUGAAGAGGAUUAUAAAAAGUAUUCCGGCCGGGAGAAUGUGUUGCUGAUCAUGAAUCAUAAAUAUGAAAUUGAUUGGCUCGCUGGCUGGAUGAUUGCCGAUAAAAUGGGAGUCCUGGGCAAUUGCAAGGCGUACGCCAAGAAGGCAAUCAGAUAUAUUCCCUGCAUGGGCUGGGCUUGGUGGUUGGCCGAGUUUGUCUUCCUAAACCGUGACUAUGACAAGGACAAGGAGAUCAUUGCCAAGCAGCUCAAGAUUGUCUUCUCCUAUCCGGAUCCAACUUGGCUGCUGUUGAAUGCCGAGGGCACAAGAUUUACUGAAUCAAAACACGAGGCUUCCGUUAAAUUUGCCCAGGAACGUGGCAUGACUGUAUUGAAGCAUCAUCUGAUCCCGAGGACAAAGGGAUUCACUACAAGCUUACCCACACUGCGUGGCAUCUGUCCAGUUGUCUAUGAUAUCACCAUGGUAUUUAAGCGUGAUGAGAAGGUGCCACCAACGAUGUUGUCUCUGUUGAAUGGCCAGACCGUGUAUCCUUACAUGUUAAUGCGUCGCAUUCCGUUGGAGCAGAUACCACAGGAAGAGAAGGCAGCUGCUGAUUGGUUACAAAAGCUAUUCGUCGAAAAGGAUCGCGCUGUUGAAAGCUUCCAUGAGACAGGCAGUUUCUUUACGAAGUCGGGAAUUAAAGAAGUGUCAUAUGUUACCACAGAACCUCGUCUCAGCAGUCUUCUAAACUUUGCCGGCUGGUCGACCUUUUCCCUGUCGUGCAUAUUCUAUUACCUGAUCACCUCAUUGCUGGCUGCGAAUUGGGCUGGCUUAAUUACAGCAUUGUCUAUACUUGGAAUUUUUUACUGGUUAAUGGGAGUGGCGAUUAAUAAGACACAGAUCAGCAAAGGCUCCAGUUAUGGCUCAAAUAGCACGAAAACGAGCACAAAUUAAAUUUUAUAUAUAUAUAACAUUCGUUUGUUAAACGAACCAUUAGUCAAUGAGUCAAGCUGAUAAUCUCACAAUUAUAUACAUAAAUGUACAAGUAACUUUGAUUCGUGGGUUAUGUCUGAUAAUUUUUAUCAGCCGUCCUUAUCUCCAAUGAUUUGCUACCAAAUUUAUUAUUUUUGUUUUCUUGGCUGUAAGAGGGAUUAUUAAAUCAGUUUGGAAAUAAAUUAAAACUUUAAUAAAUGUUUAGGGCUGCACACUAGAGAUACAAGUUUAAAUGUACCAUGAUGUAAUAAUACAAAUAAAAUGUUUUAAAUGGAA